AACACACAGCUUGAUGUAGGCUGAUGUUAACAAGGAGACUAUUGGUUAUCUCUGAUCCCCUGAAACCCAGCGGCGUAAUUAAUCUGUAAACUGCACUUCGGAAGUUUUAUUUUUUUUUUUCUUUCUUUCUUUCUCUGAGACCUGAAGAGCUGAUAAUAAGGAAACAAAAAGACAGUAAAGGAUAAUGGUGACGGAGAGAAAUAUCCUUAUGGAAAGGAGUCGUUUUGAUUAUUUUUUAGAUUAGGCAAACUUUGGACUCGGAUGCAUUUCAUUUGAAUCUGAUGCUGUGUAAGGACUGGCUGUAAAGCACAUACACACACAGACACACACACACACACACACACACAUACACCACACACACGGUUUGCACUUUGCUUUAACGCUGUGUGUGUUGUCGGUGUUUUGCCUUCUUUUGUGCCCCGCACCUCUCCGAGCGCGCGCGCGCGAGACCCGGACACUUUCCGCACCUCCUCGAGGUGAACCAAAGCCCGGGAUUACGAAAAACUUUUUUUUCCCCCACUAUUUAAAUUUAAUCACUUGCUUAUUUCUUUUGGCGACACUACACCUUCCAGCCUUCCUUCUGGAUUGUAAAUUUAAAAAAAGGCAGCGGAAAGAAACACAAACUGGUCGCAGUGCAGCUGCGCUGUUCCAAAGAGGAAAAACAUGGAUGUACGAUUUUAUCCGUCCUCAGGGGGGACUUCCAUUCCCGGAGAUCCACAGAACAUGGAUUUCUCCCAUUGCUCUGGCUACUACAGCUACAACAAGUUUGGAAACAACAAUAACUACAUGAACAUGGCUGACGCAAACGGGGCUCUGCUCGCCGGUGGAGAUACAUUUCACACUCCAAGUCUGGGAGAUGAAGAGUUUGAGAUCCCUCCCAUCACUCCUCCUCCAGAGACCGAGUCCAGCCUGGGUCUCCACGACGGGGGCUCAUCCUUCCCCGGACUUCCCGAACACCCCAACCCUCAGCGAGUUCAUUUCACCCCGCAGUUUCCACCUCAGAGUCUGGAUCUGCCCUCCAUAACCAUCUCCAGGAACAUGAUGGAGCAGGAUGGUGUUGGCAUCAAUAAUGGCCUCCCUCUGGGUAUUUCACAGGCUCAGCUGCGUCAGUACCCUCCUAACCCCACCAUGGUCAUGCGCUCCAUCAUCAACAUGAACAACCCCAAUGCGAUGAUGUCACGCAACCAGCUCACCACCAUCAACCAAUCACAGCUGAGCGCCCAGCUCGGCCUCAACAUGACCGGACCGAACAUCACCCACACGUCCCCGUCUCCGCCGGCCAGCAAGUCGGCUACACCGUCUCCAUCCAGUUCCAUUAACGAGGACGAUCAGGAUGAGGUCAGCAAGAUUGGUGAAAAGCGCCCAGCCCCAGAUGCUGGAAAAAAGCCCAAGACACCCAAGAAAAAGAAGAAGAAAGACCCAAACGAGCCUCAGAAGCCCGUCUCUGCGUACGCACUGUUUUUUCGAGACACCCAGGCGGCCAUUAAGGGUCAGAACCCCAACGCUACGUUUGGGGAAGUCUCCAAGAUUGUGGCGUCCAUGUGGGACGGACUGGGAGAGGAACAGAAGCAGGUUUAUAAAAGCAAAACUGAGGCGGCUAAGAAAGAGUAUCUAAAAGCUCUCGCUGCUUAUCGUGCCAGUCUGGUGUCAAAGGCAGCGGCAGAAUCUGCCGAAGCGCAGACUAUCCGUUCGGUGCAGCAGACCCUGGCGUCCACAAGCCUCUCCCCUGGCCUGGCUUUGCCGUCUCCGCUGUCCUCUCCCCUGUCCCAGCACCCGCCCAUGCCCUCAGCCUCUCAGGCCCUGCAGCAAGCCCUCCCUCGGGCCAUCGCCCCCAAACCGCUCCAGAUGCGUGUCGGAAACAGCCACGUGGUCACUUCGGUUACGGUGGCGCACCAAAACAUGGCCCCCGGCAUGCCCUCGCAAAUGCUGGGCCAGAUGCCCUCGUCGCAGAUGAGCCCGCCCAUGCACGCGGCCAUGCAGCAGCAGCACUUGCAGCACCACCAGAUGCAGCAGCAGCAGAUGCACCACCAGCAGAUUCAGCAGCAAAUGCAGCACCAGCAUUUCCAGCAUCACCUGCAGCAGCAGCUUCAGCAGCAUCACAUGCAGCAGCAGCAACAGCAGCAGCAACAGCAGCAGCAGCAGCAGCAGCAAAUGCAACAGCAUCAGCAUCCACAUCAACAUCAGCAUCAGCACAUGCAAAUGCAGCACAUGCAGAUGCAACAGAUGCACCAGAUGCAUCAGCAGCAGUCGCAUUCGCAUUCGCCCGUCCAGCACUCGCCUGGAACGCCGCAUUCGGCGUCGCUCGGAAGUCCACAGCCGCCACCUCCGCCGCCUCAGAUCCAAGUCCUCUCACAAGUCAGCAUCUACUAACAGAAAAAAAAAAUCCUGCAUUCUCAAAUCGGAGAGAGAAGACAUAAAAAAGCAGCGUUUCAAAGUUGCUUUUUUUUUGAAGUUGCACUUAAGAAGUGUGUAAGAAUAACAUAAGAAUGUUACAAAGAACUGUCCUUUGUUCUAGAUGGAUAUACGGACACGUGUAUAAAAAGAAGAAAGAUACGGAGCCGAAGGCUAUUGCCCCGAUUUUGUCUAUAAAAUAGGCAGAGCUAUGAAGGGUCUGAGUGCCUGAUUUUUUUUAUUUUUUCUCGUGUGCUUGUUUUUUUUUUCCUUUUCUUUUUAAUCUCUAUCUUUAAGAAAGUUUCUGGGCACAUCGAUGGCAGAAGAACAGUUGGGUCAGGCAAUUU